UGCAGAAUCUCAGUGAAGAGUUGUGGUACACUGGUUUGGAUGUCGUCUCUACCUUGCCAUUGGCCAAUUUUCAGUAAUUAGGUUAGUAUCUUUUGUGUACAGCUCCUGUGUUCUGUAAUUUAGCUAAGAAAAACAUCCACCAAGCCAUUGGAUUCUUUGCGGGGACUAUUGCGUGGAACUCUCGACACACUCUUACUAGAGAAUACUGCACCUGACACUGCAGGCAAAGGCCUUGUAUUAUUACUGAGCCCUGUCAUGGCAGUGCAAAGGAAACUACUCUCCAUUUUCCAUGCUCUGGCUUGGGCUCUGACAGUUGGGGUCCUGAUUCACCUACAUCCCUUGGAGAUGCCUGUUGACCUUCCAUUUGUCUAUUUCAUCACCCCGACCUACACGAGGACAACACAGAAAGCAGAUCUGACCCGCUUGGCAAACACCCUUGGACAUGUACCCAAUCUACAUUGGAUUGUGGUGGAAGAUGCUGCUGUCAGAUCACCAAUGGUAGAGCUGGUCCUGUCCAAGUCCAACGUGCCCUACACCCAUAUGAACAUCUCUACACCGGCAUUCUGCAAGAAAGGCUGCGUGGCCCGUGGCACAGAGCAGAGGAACCUGGGCCUGGAUUGGCUGAGGGGGAACAGGGGACCAGUGGACUCUGGUGUUGUGUACUUCGGAGAUGAUGACAACACCUACGACCUGGAGCUUUUCACACAGAUACGGUACACUAAGGGAGUGUCAGUGUUUCCAGUGGGACUUGUCGCAGCACGCUUGUAUGAGAGGCCGAUAGUGCGCAACGGUGAAAUAGUGGACUGGUACACUGGCUUCCGGGGAAGGAAAUUCAAUGUUGACAUGGCAGGCUUUGCGGUAAACCUGCACCUGCUCUUGGCCAAGCCGAAAGCUCGGUUCAUCCUGAAGGGGGCCAGAGGUGGACAUCAGGAGACCGACUUCCUCAGCCUGCUGACCAAGGUGGAGGACCUGGAACCAUUAGCCAACAACUGCACUAAGGUUUUGGUUUGGCACACACGCACAGAGAAACCCUACCUGCGUGGCCAGAGUAAAGACAUCAUAGCCGUAGAGGUCUGAGGAUAUGACAUCAUCAUGAGCAUACAUCAACUGUGGGAUAUGGCCCAAAAGUAGUGACUCAUGGGACUCAUUGUGGUUGCAGGGCAGGAAUGGGAGUGCACAAUGCAGGAGUGGUG